AUGUUCACGUGGCCGGCUGGAGGACCGUCGGAAGCAGAGCGAGGGGUCACGUCGUUUACAAGGUGCGCAUCGAAACGCACGCCGGCACGUCGUUGACCAUUUUCAGGCGCUUUUCAGCAUUUGUCGCGCUGCGCAGUCAAUUGACCCAGGCUUUGCCUGUGAGUGUUGAGCAUGCGCGCGGCGAUGCUUUCAGACGAGAUGCUGACGUGCUGUGAGCACUUGCCUCAGCAACACGCGCAAGCGCUGCCAUCGCUACCAUCACGAGGCAGCGGUAUCCUACACAAGUACGGAGCGCAACACCUCGAGGAGCGGCGCGUAGGCCUGCAACGUUGGCUCGCAGCUGUCCUGCUCGACUCAAUGUGGGGAAACGUAGAGGCCGCUCGGGAGUGGUGUGUUGACUGA